AUGGCCGCUUCUCAGAAUUCCAGCUCAGCAGCCCUUCAAGCUGCACAGCUGUUCAACGUCGAUGGACUUGUGGUGGUCAUUACCGGCGGCGGCACUGGAAUUGGUGCCAUGAUGGCUAAAGCCCUGGCUCACAACGGCGCCGCUGCGGUAUACAUUCUCGGCAGGCGUAAGGACGUGCUCGACUCCGCCGUUUCGUUGAUUGGCAAGUCCAACGUCAAACCUCUUGUAUGCGAUGUGACAUCCAAAGAAUCCCUCCAAUCGGCUGCGGACCAGGUCAAGCAGGAGGUUGGGUAUCUGAAUCUCUUGAUUUGUAACUCGGGAAUUGGCGGACCACAAACCGUACGUCCUGGUGCUAAAAACCAGGAGAACCUGACUGUCGAGGAGUUUGCAACGGCCAACUGGGAUGUGCCGUUUGAGGAGUACACCAAGACGUUCGCCGUCAAUGCGACUAGUGUGUGGUACACGACAAUGGCUUUCCUGACGCUCUUGGAUGCUGGCAACAAGAAAGGAAACGUGGUUCAGAAAAGCCAGGUCAUUGCUACGAGUUCCAUCGGAGGGUUCAACAAGGAUGCACCUGGUGGUUAUGCUUAUGGCCAAUCAAAAGCAGCGGCAACACAUCUGAUCAAGCAGCUAUCCAUCGCUCUGCCAAAGUUCGACAUCAGAGCCAAUGUAUUGUGCCCUGGCUUGUAUCCAAGCGAGAUGUCCGCCCCGAUCAUUGAGAAAGGCGGUAUCGGCAAGGACAUGAUUCCCUUGGCAAGAGCCGGCGAUGAGUCCGAUAUGGGAGGAACUGUUCUCUACUUGGCUUCAAGAGCCGGUGCUUACUGCAAUGGGACGGUCAUCGUUUCCGAUGGUGGACGACUUGGAAUGUUCCCUUCUACGUUUUAG